CCUGGAGUGUGGACGUACCGUGUUGAGAACCGCGCCGACAGUCACCAGAGCCUCUAUGUGCGGGUGUUGGCCACUCCCAGGGCUGCCAACAUCUCUUCUAUCACCAACGCAGAUGCCAUCACCCUCAACGCCUGGACCUCCAACACCGCCUCCCCCAUCAACGUCUCCGACACGGAAAACCCAGUAGUGGUGUACGCACAGGUAUGGAGCGGAGGAGCACCUGUGGUCUCGGCGAAGGUGGAGGCGUCGCUGCAGAGGCUGGGAGUCAACAGCACCGGCAGCCGCUACGCCCCAACAAACUUCCUCCUCUUUGACAACGGCAACGGGGAUUCUGACCUGACACGCAACGACGGUGUUUACUCCCGCUACCUGCCGCCCAUCGAGGCCCCGGCAGCCAGGUACAUCCUCACUGUCUCCCUCACCGAUAACUCCGGCUCCGCCCAGAUCGUCAUCUCCACCCACACCCCCAUCGCCCCACGCCCGCGCCUCUUCUCUGGCAGCCACUUACCCUACUCGGGACACGUGGGCACCGUGGGCGCCCACUAUACACGCACCCACACCUACAACCCAGCGUGGCCUCGGUGCUGCGGGUCGGUGGUGCCCUACACGACGGGCCGCCCCACGGGUCAGCUCUAUCGCACCAUCACCGUGGGCGUGUUGGACCUGGAUGGCGGCCUGCACUCCCUCGCCCACAUCCCGCCUUCCCGCAUCGCUGACUUGAGGGCCGAGAUCAACGGAGCAGCCCAACAGGUGACCUUCUACUGGACAGCUCCCGGGGACCGUCGAGACCACGGCACAGCCAUGCAGUAUGAAGUGGUGUACUCCAAGGUCGCUGCCGACACAGGUCGAGGCACAGGUGAGACAGCCUCCGAGUGGACCACGCCCAACCGGGUUGGAAUCGCCUCGGUCCACACCGUACGCUGGGGACGUCAUGACGGUGUCUACUAUGUCGCCAUACGCGCCGUAAGCAGGACAGGGGUGCGGGGGCCUUGGUCCAAUACUGCUGAAGUCUUCAUGCCACACGCGCCCACCACCACUGAGAUCAACACCCGCGGCUCCACCCAGGGCGGCGCGGUGGGCGGCACGGUGGGCGAACUGGGCGUCACCACCCCUCAGCCCAAUCCUCUCUCCACUCGUAACAUCCUGGCUAUUGUCGGUGUGGCCUGUGGCAUUCUGGUAGUCAUCCUGAUCAUGGCCGUGUACUAUUUACUGGUAGUGACGCGACGUAGACGUCACCACCAGGAGAAGAAGGCCAUAGAGGUGCUGGAGCCAGUAGCUACCACCACUCCCGGCGGUUGCGACACUGACAGCGAGACAGAUUCCAUUACCAAGCCUCCACCUCCACCUGAGGCCAUGGUGGUAGGCGAGGCAGAGGUGACGGGGAAGAGAGCUAUGAGCCCAAUACAGUCAUGGCCGGCCUCUACCCUCCUGGCCGAGCAUGAAAGACGUCACCCCCACGAUGCUCCUGAUGGAGGUGAGGGUGGGGAACUGGCCCUGCAUCAGCCUGACCUUGGCGUGCCCUACAUGCCCACGGUCCACCCAGCGCCCCCGCACCCCUUUUACUACCACACUCCCAACGGACACUACAUUGAGGACAAUCUCCCCAUGGACAGCGGAUCCAUGAUAUCUACCCAACCCUCAGAAUCCCUCCCCGUCUACAAAGUCGACUCCAACACCAGCGACAACCUACGACAGGCGCCUUCCUCCGUCUCAGCCACUCCUGUCUCCUGGGAAGGUGGGCGGCGGUCGGGGCCCAUGAAAGUGCCCCCGCCAACCCCCCCGAAACCCACUCUCUCCGCCCACCUCACGUUGGGUGGGGUGGCAGCCACGCCUAUGGGGGCAGAGAGGAAGCGCAGGAACGUGACCCAGGUGUGAGGCGUUGGCCGCACCAAACAAACAUGGCUCGUGGCUCAUCAAGAAUCAAGCUUACACGCCCACAUUCCUUCCUACAGCAGGAAUGAAAGUUGAAUAUCAAAUUAUGUGUAUCCAUGAGGACACAGGGCCUUCCCGGGUGUGUGUUCACGACCCAGGGAAGAUACAAGCUAGCCAAGCCCCAUAGCCCCCCAUACCCUGAUGAGGGGCCCUUGAUGCGGCAAGCGUCUUUGCCUUCUGAACUACUGCGAGUGUGACUUACAUGUCAAUUACAAACUACAAUAGUGGAUAUUACUUUCUAAAUUGUGUGAUUACCCAAAGCAUACUACAACAAGAAACAGGAAUCGUAACUCUUGGAAACAGAAAGCUUCACUUGGUGCUGACAGUGGAACAAGAAGUAGUCUCCUUACGCGUAUAUGAAUUGUUGCUUUCAUAUCAGUAGAAUAAUAGUAUGCACUCGGAAAAUAGCAGCAAGCAGAUUCUUUUCGUGUAGUGGGUAAUGAUACAAGACUGGGUUCUUUUGUGUCUUUGUCGGACAAUGUGUUAUAUUGUUCACGGUCGUAAUUCCGUUGAAAUAAGAGUCGUUGGGGUCUCUCUAUAUCCCAAGACAUAGCUCACAAGAAAGGGAGAGUCUGGUGUUAUCAUUUGUAAACUCGGAAUUUUUCUUCAUUUCGUAAAAAAACAGAUGGAGGUGGACUACAAGGUGGACGCCAUCUACCAACAAUGUGACUAAGUGCUGUCUGUGAAAGAGAUAGUAGUGUCAUAUACUUAGGUUUUCAUAGAUUAUCUCAUUCGGAGUAAUAGAGUGGAGUGCAUUGUACAAGGUGUUAUGUCCCUGUUAAGACAACCUCACACAUUGAAGUCAUGGCAAAAAGUAAAAAGGUGAAUUUACUUGAAAUAAUUUGUGUUCCAAAAAUGAAGAACCUUUGGUUUAGUUUUUUAUCCAUUCACAAUUAGGAUUACAAAUUUGUGUAUGGGGUGUGUGUGUGUGUGUGUGUGUGUUUGAGUGCUUUUUUAUUAUUAUUAUUUUGUGUGUUUGUGUGUCAAGUGAGGACCAGAGGUGACGUCUGACAGGGGAGGGAGGGGGGUUAAUAGUCCUUAAUCCCAACCUGACCACUACAGUUGUAAAGCUUUGGUCUUUGUUGUGCUUCACGCUUUGUGUACAGCGAAGCACACCACAUACCAACAGGCUUCACUUUGUCGGAUCCAAUUUUUUUAUUCUAUAAAUAUUAGCUGUGGAGUGUUUGUAUAUCUGUAUUAGCUUAUCAGUGUUGGAGGGGCAGUGGUGUUGCAUGCCCCCAGUGUGUUGGCAGGGCAAUGGUGUUGCAUGCCCCCAGUGUGUUGGCAGGGCAGUGGUGUUGCAUGCCCUCAGCAUUUGCAGGGUAGUGGUGUUGCAUGCCUUUAAUAUUGGCAGGGGAGUGGUGUUAUAUGCCCUCAGUAUUGGCAGGGCAGUGGUGUUGUAUGCCCUCAGUCUUUGUAGGGCAGUGGUGUUGUAUGCCCUUAGUGUUGGCAGGGCAAUGGUGUGGUGUUGUAUAUACAUUUAGUGUUGGCAGGGCAGUGGUGUUGCCUGCCCUCAGAGCUCUUGAGGGUAGAGGUGUUGCAUGCCCUCAGUGUUCUUGAGGGCAGCGAUGUUGCAUGCUCUUAGUGUUGGCAGGGCAGUGGUGUUGCAUGCCCUCAGUGUCGUAAUGUGUGCCACCUUCAGCCAGGAUCUGUAACUCGCUGCCACUUGCAACAUUCUCAUACUUAAUAUCAAGAUGUACACUUCGUCGUCCAACUGGGAACUAUCUGCACAUAUUACUCAAUAAUGUAUUUAUAGUUGCACCUUUUUUUGUAUAUGAUGUACAUAGAAGUUUUGUGCCAAAUUUCAUGUAGGCCAUGUCUAUUUUUGUACUUGUGAUACCGAGGCAUGAGGAAGCAGGUUGAACUAGACGCUGCAGAGGUCACCUGGACAUUAUGGUGUUCUCUCCCUGACAGACAGACACUUGAGUGACACUUCGUCAUGACCAAAGUUCAUGUGUUUUGUGUGAGUUCGAGAAAUGAGUGUGUGUAAGUUUCUUUGUGUGCGAGAGUCAUCUUUUGAUCUCCGAAUGGAAGGCAAUUAAUUUAGUAGCUAUUAGAUGUUCGCACACUGCUUGAGGUGAACAGUUUCCGAGUGGCAGCUUCUGCAAGACGAGGAGGAGGAGGUUCUUGAAAAAUGUCUUCAGCCGUACUUGGACACUAAAAGUGGUAAGUUAUACUGUACUCGGGAGCCUGGAACGUGUAAUGGAGGAGAUCCCACGGCGGUGAAGAGUCUUCUUGUGGAAGUUUCCAAACAUGAAGACGAAGGAACGGCAGGAUGCCACUACUAAGUGUGUGCGGCGUCACUGAUGUCGCUGCCACAUGCAGGUCUAUUUGUGUGUGUGUGUGUGUGUGUGUGUCUGAGCACCGCUUCUCAGGCACUGUGUGGGACAGUACCUGUUCCUGGCAUGGAUUUUGUGACCACUGUUUCCAUGAACUUUAUAAAUAUAGUAGACAUUUAUAGAUGAGCUGCUUCAGUGAAAAAAGACCACUGUUUACAUAAGCCUACAUGCACUCUAGUGAAGUGAUAAUUCAACAGUUAGUGACGAUUUAUCCGAAUAGGAAAAUACAGGGAAUAACACUGGCUGGUUUAAUUUUUUGAUAAUACGUAACUUUCGAUAAUGUUUGUAAAGAAGUGGAGUUAGCUCACCUGUCACUACAAACUUACUCCUUAAAAAUUAACCCUCAAAAGUAUAGCUGAUAAAGCGCAACUCUCAUACCUCUAUAACAGGUAAAUUAAAUAUCCUUCUUUUCAACAACUUAAAAAUAUAUAAUUUCUCUAGUUCACUAGGAAUGCAGUAGUCACCUGUGUCAUAAGUUCCUCUGACAGGUGAGCUUGUUAAUUUGCUUUACUGCCGCACCUCGACUCCAAACCGAGGUGAGCACUGACGACCCCGACUCUGUGCUCAACACCUGCUGACCUAAACUUCUCAGUGUCUCGUGUUCAAUAAUGCUCAUGCCCCCACCCUGGCCCCGCUCCACCCCGCUCCCACCCCACCCUGUCUGCCCCAAUACCGCUGUCACGUGUACCCCCCUCCCUCUGUAUCCCCCGUCUAGCCCACACCCUCCUCAGAUUGUUCCUCCUGCUGCCCCUUGUUAUUGGCACCUGCCAGUGGUGUUCCCUCCCCACCGCUGACACCACCACGUCCAGACUCACUCAGCUCGAGCAAAAUAAGUCAUUACAAUAAAUAUUCCGUGAUAUAUAUAUAUAUAUAUAUAUAUAUAUAUAUAUAUAUAUAUAUAUAUAUAUAUAUAUAUAUAUAUAUAUAUAUAUAUAUAUAUAUAUAUAUAAAAUACUAAAACCACCUAUAUAAAGCUCACGUCGAACUGAGUCGUGUCUGUUCGUUGUGAAAGAUUAUUUUUAUUUUCGUUAUACAGGAACGCAUAUCAACCCGCUUUAGCACUUACGUAAUGCUGUACGAUAAUCAUUAUUGUGUAAGUCUGCACAUUUAUGUUUUAGAGAUUAAGAGAUCCACUAGGCGGAGAAAGAAGGGAGUAGGUAUGGUGAACAGAGACAGCUGUGUGAGGGACGUCAUCAGGCCCUGGAGAGGAAACGUAUGAUACGCCAGCUAUAUGAAAGGUGUGGAUCACCCCGUCCAUGUUACUGUACUGUUACUUACAGUGUUCUACAGAUUAAGGCAGCAACACUUGAUUUAAUAAGACAUAAUGGUUUCUGUUUUGUACUCUUGGGUCGCGCCCCGUCAGAGCACCAUCCAGAGCAGCUACAACACACAUACUAUAUUGGCUGAACAGAUACCCGGUAUUUUCCAUUUAAAUACACAAACUUAUAAUUAUAUCCUAAACCUUUACCCAAUAAUGUCAAUAAACGUAACAUGUAUGGAAGAACUUAACCUCAAAGAAAUCGAAUGUCCAGGUGUAAAGGCUAUGACAACGUGAGCUGUGUUCUGCUGCUCGAUGGUUCCCUGUGAGGCUCGACCCCGGGCAUGGCUGGGGUCCUCAAGUGUGGCCAGCCAGCCAUGUCCUCUGAUAGGUUACGCAGGUUCACUUCUCCUGGCUACGUCCUCCUCGCUUGACUCACCAGCCUCCCUAAUAACCAUUUUUUUACGAGAUAAUGUUCGCCGAUAACCAUGUACUAUGGUGGGCUUCGGACCUGCAUGCUGGGACCACUACAAAUCUCGCUCACUGAAUGCCUGGUGGUUGCCUGGUCCGCGGCCCUCGAUACUAUUACCGGCUUUGAGGGUGAACUCGGAAGCAACCACAGUACACAGUUUGUUCACAGCAUCGACCAACAAGCUAUUAUUGAGCUUUAUAAUCGAACGAUGAUAAAUUUAACAGGAUAUUAGCAGUUUCUGGAGAACACUUCCACCUGGGGCACGUGAAAUACCCCCCUAGAGGGUAUGUAACAUUGUAUACGGCUGAGUGAUACAAGCGCAUCAAUGGGACUCAGCCAGACCAAGUGAAGGACUAGAGUGUGUCUCGUUGUGUGAUGGUUAUUGUAAACUUGUUUGUUACGAAGCCACUGUGAUUUAUGUAGUUUAUGAUUACUCUUUAGAUAUUUAUAUGAACAUUAUUGUCACGAUUUCCUCCUUUUUUAAUUUAUCUAGUCGUGGGAUUCAUACAUCAUUGUCCCUGUGUACAGAUCUCCAAAUAAAAAGACUCAUUGAA